AUGGAUAAACUCAGAGAAAGAAUGAACACUCUCCGCCUGGAGACCGAGCAGGCCAACCAGAAGAACGAGGAGCUUUCUGCCCGUGUUAAGGUUCUCGAGCAAGAGAACCUUACAAAGGAACAAGAGAUCGCAUCCCUCACCCACCGGAACUCACUCCUCGACGGAGAAGUCGAGAAACUUGAGAAGCAACUCUCCGAGGCCAAGAGUGCUGCCGACACUGGUGCCGCCCACGGUUCCGAGGUCGACUCGCUAAGCAGGAAGGUGCAGUUGCUGGAAGAGGAGGCCGAGGAGGCAGACAAGAACUUGAGAGAGACAAACGAAAAACUGCGUCUCACCGAUGUCAAGGCUGAGCACUACGAACGUAAGGUUGCUACCGUCGAGGCCGAGCGAGACUCUUGGGAGAGGAAGUGCGAGGAGACUAUGGAGAAGCUCAAGGCAGCCCAGGCAGAGCUGGAUGAGUUCUCCAAGCAGCUCGACAUAUCUUAUUGUGCAGGUACCGCUGUCUACCUAUUUUAUUAUAAUCCACGAGCGGUUCUGCAGGUAUCCAUUUUGGAGUCAAGCUCUCCUGACGUGACGCAAAACUGCCCUGGCUCAUUCCUUCUUCAAUAG